CGAGGAGCCGAAGGUGCUCCAGAAAUGGGUGAAGAAGAAGCACUGAAGCAUGCAGUUCUUGAGGUUGCUGGGAGCAGUAGCUCGGCUAUAAUUCCUGUAGUUGCUCCUCCUCCAGCUAUUCCUGUAGAUGCUGAAAUGCCACCCGGCAAACGAAGAAGAAUAGGGCACCCUACCGCACUGAGAAGUACAGUGGUGGAUGAAGAUCGUGGUCUUAUUCCAGAAGGGGUAGAAGAUCAACAAGCUUUUCUUGAUGAUGUUGGAGAUGAACCAGAGCCAGUGAUUCCCACAAAUGCCCCUGUUAGCGAACCGGAAGUAGUUGAGGAGGAAGACGAGAACGCCGGCUUUCCAGGAACGUUGGUGCAAGAUGCUGCCGCUGCAGCUUCUCAUGGAGCAA